GUCUGUGAGCUGUAAGUACAUUUGUCUUUGAUCCAGAAAGGACCCUAAAAUUAAAAACACAAGAAGUGCUAUUAAAAUGACCAGGCUCACACUUCUUGCAGGCUUGUGCUUGGUGCUAUGCCACUUUGCAACAUCCAAGCAACUGGUGUGCUAUUUCACCAACUGGUCCCAAUACCGACCUGGAGCUGGGAAGUACACACCUGCUAAUGUAGAUCCCUUCCUGUGUACACAUCUGAUUUAUGCCUUUUCUAUUAUUAACCAUGCCAAUGAGCUUGUCACAUAUGAAUGGAAUGAUGAAACCCUCUAUGAAUCCUUCAAUGGCUUAAAGAAAACCAAUGCCUACCUUAAAACUCUUUUGGCUGUUGGUGGAUGGAAUUUUGGCUCAUCUCAGUUUUCCAUCAUGGUUUCUUCGCCUGCCAACCGUCAAAAGUUUAUCCAGUCAGCCAUUUCAUUCCUAAGAAAACAUAGGUUUGAUGGUCUGGACUUGGAUUGGGAAUACCCAGGUGCCAGAGGUAGCCCUCCUGAAGACAAGCAGAAAUUCACUUCGUUGUGCAAGGAACUGGUGGAAGCAUUUGAGGUAGAAAGUCGAGCUACUGGACAGCCUAGACUGAUGCUUACUGCUGCAGUAUCUGCUGGAAGAGGGACAAUUGAUUCUGGAUAUGAAAUAGCCAAGAUUGCAAACUAUCUUGACUUCAUCAAUGUGAUGACCUAUGACUUUCAUGGAACUUGGGAAACCUUUACAGGACACAACAGUCCACUGUAUAGGGGCUCUGAAGACUAUGGAGAUCUUAUUUACUUCAACACUGAUUACGCAAUGAAAUACUGGAGGGACAACGGUACCCCUGUGGAGAAACUAAGGAUGGGCUUUGCCACAUAUGGUCGUACCUUCCGCCUCAGUUCAUCAGCUACUGGAGUGGGAGCUCCAGCCAGCGGAGCAGCUUCUGCUGGUUCUUAUACCCGGGAGGCCGGCUUUUGGUCCUACUAUGAGAUCUGUGGAUUCCUUCAGGGAACAAAACUUGAGUGGAUUGACGAUCAGAGAGUACCCUAUGCUACAAAGGGUGGUGAAUGGGUUGGCUUUGACACCAGGGAGAGCUAUGAGAUCAAGGUAAAGUAUCUGCAAGACAACAAGUUUGGUGGGGCUUUUGUUUGGGCUCUGGAUCUGGAUGACUUUUCUGGGGACUUCUGUGGGCAAGGGAAGCAUCCUCUUAUGAGUCACCUCCGCAAACUCCUGAAUAUUGAUUUUCCCAUCCAGCCUUCUACCACUACCCCCAAACCUGGUUUAUCUACCACCCCAAAAACCACCACAACUACCACACAUGAGCCUGGUAUAAGUGGAUUCUGUGCUGGAAAACCUGAUGGCAUUUAUGCACAUCCUGAUGACCCAAAUAAAUUCUACGACUGUGCUGGAGGUAAAACCUUUGAGAGGAGGUGUGGAAAUGGAACAGUGUUUAAUGAAUCCUGCAAGUGCUGUACCUGGCCUUAAGAUGAAUAACUUUCAAUAGCCAUUUUGAUGCUGUACAAGAGCAAUGACAUUUCCCUAUAUUGGAAUUGAAUGUUCUUAAACUCCUAAACAAUAUUGGUAGAAUUCUUGAUUAAGAGAACAAUUUUUGACUAAUAUUAAUUUAUCAUCAUUACACAAAAAAAAACAAAAAAACAAGGAAAGAAAAAUAUGCAUAACACUGUUGUUUAUGGACCUGCUGUAAAUGUUUAUUAACAAUUUUAGUAUGGAAAAUGUGAUUUGUUUGUAUAAUAUUAAUUUGUCUACUUUUGAAGAAAUAAAACAAAUAUUUUGAAGCAA